AUGCACAAGCUGUACAUUGGGAAUCUAGGCGACAGCGUGACUGCUGAGGACUUAGGAAAAACCUUUGACGACCACAAGAUCCCAUACUCCGGACAGUUUCUAAUGAAAACCGGCUAUGCGUUUGUGGAUUGUCCGGACGAUAGCUGGGCCAUGAAGGCUAUCGAGACAUUAUCUGGUAAAGCGGAACUUCAUGGGAAACGUAUGGAGGUCGAGCACUCCGUCCCCAAGAAGCAAAGGACCAGGAAACUGCAAAUCAGAAACAUUCCACCUCACCUGCAGUGGGAGGUGCUGGAUGGUCUGUUGGCUCAGUGUGGAACCGUAGAAAACUGUGAACAAGUCAACACAGACAGUGAGACUGCAGUGGUUAAUGUCACAUAUGCAUCCCGGGAGCACGCCAGGCAAGCUAUCCAGAAGCUGAAUGGAUACCAGUUUGAGAACCAUGCCCUGCGCGUCUCCUACAUCCCAGAUGAAACCUCUGAACUGGAGGGAGGCCAGCGGGGCCCCGAUAACGGCCGUCGCCCGGGCUACGGGCCCCGUGGAGGACCCCGCGGUGGGUCCCCGAGCUCCGGGAUGCCCUCCAAACCUCCACAUGCUGACAUCCCGCUCAGACUGCUGGUGCCCACACAGUACGUCGGAGCCAUCAUCGGCAAGGAGGGAGCCACCAUUCGUAACAUCACCAAGCAGACUCAGAGCAAAGUUGAUGUGCAUCGCAAGGAGAACGCAGGUGCAGCUGAGAAGCCCAUCAGCAUCCACUCCACCGCUGAGGGCUGCUCAGCUGCCUGCCGAAUGAUCCUGGAGAUCAUGCAACAGGAAGCUAAAGACACCAAGACUGCCGAUGAGGUUCCCCUGAAGAUUCUGGCUCAUAACAACUUUGUUGGACGCCUGAUUGGAAAGGAGGGACGCAACCUGAAAAAAGUCGAGCAGGACACGGACACCAAGAUCACCAUCUCCCCUCUUCAGGACCUGACACUGUAUAAUCCAGAGAGAACCAUCACAGUUAAAGGCGCUAUUGAGGCGUGCUGUCUUGCCGAGGGGGAGAUCAUGAAGAAGGUCAGAGAGGCCUACGAGAAUGACAUUGCAGCAAUGAAUCAACAGACUCACCUGAUCCCAGGACUUAACCUGGGUGCUCUUGGCCUCUUUCCCUCUUCCUCCAAUAUGCCUCCACCACCACCUGGAAAUGCUGUCGGUGGCGCCCCCUACGGUUGCUUUGGGGCUCCAGAGCAGGAGACAGUCCAUGUAUACAUCCCAGCACAGGCAGUGGGAGCCAUCAUUGGAAAGAAAGGACAGCACAUCAAGCAGCUGAGCCGUUUCGCUGGGGCCUCCAUCAAGAUCGCACCAGCUGAAGCUCCUGACUCUAAAAUGAGGAUGGUGAUUGUGACAGGACCCCCUGAGGCUCAGUUUAAGGCCCAGGGCAGAAUCUAUGGCAAACUGAAGGAAGAGAACUUCUUUGGACCCAAAGAGGAGGUCAAACUGGAGACUCACAUCAAGAUGGCUGCUGCUGCCGCUGGAAGGGUCAUUGGCAAGGGAGGCAAGACAGUGAAUGAGCUGCAGAACCUGACAGCAGCUGAGGUGGUUGUCCCCAGAGAGCAGACACCUGAUGAAAACGACCAGGUCAUCGUCAAGAUCAAUGGACAUUUCUAUGCCAGCCAGCUGGCUCAGAGAAAGAUCCGGGACAUCCUGACCCAGGUCAAACAGCCACAGAAAGGCGGCAUGGGUCCUGGCCCUAGUCCCCAGGGCUUCACAGAGAUGGGCAGCCCUACGCAGGGGCUGACUCAGGACCACCAGCCACGCAGAAAGUGA